ACUAGCUGAUAGUUGGAUGCUGGACGGGGCGGGAGGUCAGUCUUAACCGUUGCUUUCUCCAGAACGGAUCGAGCACACAAGUAGUGUUGCGGUGAUUGCGACGGCGUGCUUCUGAACGAGCAGGAUCGUCGACUGAGCAAGUGCAACGGGCUCAAGCUCAAGCACUCUCUUCUGCACUGGAUACAAUCCAUAACCAAGCAUCAUGUCGUCGGCGAUUCCUUCCGAUACGACAACGGUCCCAACGGACUCGGACGCUGCGGGCAACGGCCAUCAGAGUGUGGACGACCUGAGCCGAUCGCUACAGCGGUUUAACUGGCCCGACUACAUGGUGUUUGUGAUGAUGCUGAUCAGCUGCAUCUUCAUUGGGAUAUACUUCGGCUACAAGGAUCACCAGAAGCACAAGAAUCGCAAAACGGCCCGGCGGGACUCGGAAGCACUGGAUUAUCUGGUCGGUGGACGAAAGAUGUCCGUGUUUCCCGUGUCAGUUUCGCUGGUGGCAAGUUGGAUCUCCGGAAUAUCUCUGCUGGGAACCUCGACGGAAAUCUACGUGUACGGUACGCAGUAUUGCUACAUCGUGUUCGCGAUAGUUCUCAUGGGAUUCGCAAUGCAUUACAUAUUCUUGCCGGUGUUCCACGAUUUGCAGAUAACAUCGGCUUACGAGUACUUGCAGUUGCGAUUCGAUAAACGGAUGCGAAUGUUUGGCUCGAUCCUUUUUAUGGUGGCGUGUUUGCUCUGGAUGCCAAUAGUAAUUUACGUGCCAGCUCUAGCGUUUAACCAAGUCACUGGCAUUAAUGUUCACACAAUAACUCCAAUAGUAUGCUUGAUUUGUAUAUUUUAUACUAGUGUGGGUGGCCUCAAAGCGGUCGUCUGGACCGACGUCAUCCAGUCCGGGGUCACGCUGGGUGCCCUGCUAGUGGUUCUCAUCAAGGGUGUCGUCAGUGUUGGUGGACCGGGCGUGGUUUGGGAACGCAACAUGGCCAGCAGUCGGAUCGAAUCGCCCAACUUUGAUCCGGAUCCAACGGUACGCCAUACGGCCUGGGUGUUUCUGAUUGGGGGUUCGGUUUGGUACACUUACGGGGUGUCCUGCAGUCAGGACAUGAUCCAACGGUACCUUUCACUGCCAACGCUUGAGGCGGCUAGGCGAGCCUCCCGAGGAUUCGUUUGUGGAAUGCUGCUAGUUUAUUCGAUCCUGUUCAGCCUCGGGAUGUUGAUCUAUGCCACGUACCAUGAUUGUGACCCGUUGACCACCAAUUUGGCCAAAGCUAAGGAUCAACUGCUACCAUUGUUCGUGAUGGACACAUUCCAGGGUUAUCCCGGUGCGGCAGGUGUAUUCGUCGCUGGGAUUUUCAGUGCAGCGUUGAGCUCACUUUCGUCUGCCUUGAACGCCUUGGCCGCUAUUGCAUUUGAAGACUUCUGUAAGCCUUAUUUCGGCAACACACUGAGCGAAGCGCAAAUUGGUUACAUCCUGCGUGGAUCGGUUCUUCUCUUUGGAGCCGUUUCGGUGGUGUUCAUCUACAUUGUCGAACACCUGGGAGCGGUGAUGCAGCUGACGAUGACCCUGAGUUCUACUUCUGGAGGACCCCUGUUUGGGCUGUUUGUGAUGGGCAUUUUUAUGCCCUGGGUUAACGCAACGGGCGCCCUGUACGGAGGUCUGGCCGGCCUUUGCUCGAUGGCCUAUCUGUGCUUCAGGUCGCAGGCAUCACUAGCAACGGGUGAGAUUGUCUACACGUCCAAGAACGUCAGCAUCGCAGGAUGUACGUACCAGUUUGAAAACACCACAUUCCCGGAACCGACCUUUGACGAGAUGGAAAAAUCUUUCCACCACAUUUCAUACCUUUAUUUUACACUUUUUGGAACAUUUGUUUCCUGCCUUGUGGGGUCUGUGGUCAGCCUUGUGAAAAAGAGUGAAAACGAGGAACCUUUGAACCAGCAGUUGCUGGCUCCGUUCAUCAGGAAAUACUUAACCGAAAAAUGUCAACCAUCCGAACACGUUGAACUGACAGAAACAAUGCUUGAGAAAACUGUUCAUAAUGAUAUUCAUAGACCGGAAUAAAAAAAGACUUAACAGCACUGCAAGAACUGCCUUCAGAAUCAUUUCAAACAUCAUUGUACCACAGACAACAGAAGUUUGGGCUCGAUUCUUCCCUUGUGUAAAUCAUUGCUACAGUUUUUUUAGUUGUGGCAAUCCGUUUGUGGCGCUGCAGUCGCUUUGCCCUGACACAUUGCCCGCUGUCAAAAUAUCGCUUUCCGCCUACUGUCAUUUUCCAUUUUGUUUGUUUUCAACGUUUGUAACCGUUUGUUCUGGAUGAAAAAUUGAUUUCAGCCGAUUUCAACAAAAUCUGUCGCGCUUGCAUCUGCUUGACAAAUGUGAGGCAACCAAAGUGGCCAACCUGGUUCCUGAACCGAUUUUAGCCCCGACGGAUUGCCGAUUGGAGUACGGCGUCGUUAUAGAGGAGGUGUGCAAACGACCGACGUUCCAAUCAAGAUCCCCUCGGAAAAUACGGUCGCCCGGUGUCAUCAUCAACGCAACGGAAGCUGCCACACUCCCCCCGCACCCAAUUUUGAUUUUAUUUGUGUUCCUUGUCAGCAUGAUUCGCAAAAUGACCUCUAUGCCACUCAUGGAAGAGUAUGGGAAGACGAGGGGUGUGGAGGUGUUUGAAGAUCGCUUGCACUGGAAAUCCGGUGGGGGAAACUGACGCGCCGGGGAGAACUGUCAAGAUUUAGGCCUUUGGUAUGGCGACGAGGGUUCGCCGGAAGUGGCGGCACUUGAAGGUGGGGUGGGUUUCGAGGGCGUUGAAGAGGUUGGUGUCUUGGAGGUGAGGGUAUAAGUGAUCUAGCUGGUUUGUCGGUUCCGGAGAUAAUCUUCGGAAUGCGGUCGUUUAGGGUCAAAACGUUUACGGGGUUGGCCGUGAUAGUAGCUUUUGCUGACGGCGCCGAUGACUUCCAGACUUUAUCCCAGUUCCGGAUUGUUUCGUUUCUGAUUCCGGAUCUUUUCUCCUCCAAGAAACGCUUGCCCAUCCUCCCGAUUUCCACCGGGUCUCCUCCUCCUUUUCGCUCUUCGCUUGGUUUUGUUUAUAAACACAACCAGCAAGAAUUUGACAGCCUCAAGCGCGGCCUUGGUUGCUGUGUUUAAAAAAGCAUCAGACUAGAUUUUUUUUUU